GCUCGGAGGGACCGGGGGACGGACGGAGCCCCCUGCCCGGGCCACCAUGGACCUGCUCCUUCGUCUGGUCCUGCCGCUCCUGGCAGCGCUGUGCGACACGUUCAACCUGGACGAGCGACGGGCGCGCUUUUUCCGGGGGCCUCGGGAGGCCCAGUUCGGAUACAAGGUCCUGCAGCACGUGGCCCACGGCCGGCGCUGGAUCCUGGCCAGCGCCCCCUGGGCCGGGCCGGCGGGCGACCGCAGGGGAGACGUUUAUCGCUGCCCCGUGGGAGGGGGUGCCAACGCCACCUGUGUCAAGGGGCACCUGGGGGAUCGGACCCUGGGAAACGCAUCGCGCCCCGCCCGAAACGUGCACCUGGGGAUGUCGCUGCUGCAACCCGAGGAUCCGGAGGCAGGGGGAUUCCUGGCCUGCGCCCCGCUCUGGUCCCAGGCCUGCGGCUCGUCCGUGUUCAGCUCCGGGGUGUGCACACGCGUGGACGAGGCUUUCCGGCUCCGGGAGACCCUGGCGCCCACCGCCCAGCGAUGCCCCACCUACAUGGACAUCGUCAUGGUGCUGGACGGCUCCAACAGCAUCUACCCCUGGGCCCAGGUGCAGACCUUCCUGCGCAGGCUGCUCGGCAAGCUCUUCAUCGACCCCGAGCAGAUCCAGGUGGGCCUCGUGCAGUACGGGGAGCGGCCUGUGCACGAAUGGAAGCUGGGGGAUUUCCGCACCAAGAACGAGGUGGUGCGGGCGGCGCGGAGCCUGAAGCGGCGGGAGGGCCGGGAGACUCGGACGGCGCAGGCCAUCCGCAGCGCCUGCACAGAGGGGUUCAGUCCGACCCGGGGGGGCCGCCCCGAGGCCACGCGGCUGCUGGUGGUGGUGACGGAUGGGGAGUCCCACGACGGGGAGGACCUGCCGGGGGCCCUGCGGGCCUGCGAGACGCUCAACGUGACGCGAUACGGCAUCGCGGUCCUGGGCCACUACCUCCGCCGCCAGCGGGAUCCCGCCUCCUUCCUUCGCGAAAUCCGCGCCAUCGCCAGCGACCCGGACGACAAGUUUUUCUUCAACGUGACCGACGAGGCGGCGCUGACCGACAUCGUGGACGCCCUGGGAGACCGCAUCUUCGGCCUCGAGGGCUCCCACGGGGAGAACGAGAGCUCCUUCGGCCUGGAAAUGUCCCAGAUCGGCUUCUCCGUCCACACGCAGCCCGACGGGAUCCUGUUCGGCAUGGUGGGCGCCUACGACUGGGGGGGGUCGGUUCUUUGGCUGGCGGGGGGCCGCCGCCUCUUCCCUCCCCGGGCCGCCCUGGAAGCCGAAUUCCCGCCCGCGCUUCAGAACCACGCGGCCUACCUGGGUUACUCCGUGUCCUCUCUGGUCCUCCCCGGGGGUCGCCGGCUGCUGCUGUCCGGGGCCCCGCGGUUCCAGCACCGGGGGAAGGUGGUCGCCUUCGAGCUCGGAGAGGACGGGACCGUGACCGUCGCUGGCCGCCUCCUAGGGGAGCAGAUCGGAUCCUACUUCGGCAGCGAGCUCUGCCCCGUGGACGUGGACGGGGACGGGGUGACCGACGUCCUGCUGGUGGCCGCCCCCAUGUUCCUGGGCCCCCAGAGCCGAGAGACCGGAAGGGUCUACGUGUACGGGGUGGGCCAGGUGACGGCCCGGUGGGCUCGGGGUCGUCUGCGGGCCCCGGCCCGGCAGGACGCGCGUUUCGGCUCCGCGCUGGCCGCCCUGGGCGACCUCAACGAGGACGGGCUGGCCGACGUGGCGGUGGGCGCGCCCCUGGAGGACGGACACCGGGGAGCGCUCUACCUCUUCCACGGAGCGCCCCCCGCCCGCCUGGACCCCGCGCCCAAGCAGAGGGUGGCGGCCUCCUCGCUGGCAGCGGGCCUCAGUUACUUCGGGAGGAGCGUGGACGGCCGGCUGGACAUGGACGGGGACCGGCUGGUGGACGUGGCCGUCGGGGCGCAGGGGGCCGUCGUGCUGCUCAGCUCCCGGCCCGUCGUCCACCUGGCCCCGUCGCUGGCGGUGACCCCCGCCGCCAUCAGCCUGCUGCGGCCGGACUGUCGCCGGCGCGGCCUGGAAGCCGCCUGCCUCACCGCCCGCCUCUGCUUCCGCCCGUCCUCCCGCUCGCUGGGACGCUGGGACCCUCGCCUCCAGGUGCGAGUGUGGGCCACGCUGGACGAGGCGUCGGCGGGGGCUCGGGCGGGCUUCGACGGGUCGGGCCCGCACCUGCCCCCGAGGACCCUUCGGCUGUCGGUGGGAAACGUCACCUGCCACCCGCUCCACUUCCACGUGCUGGACACGACGGACUACCUGCGGCCGCUCGCUCUGGUGGUCAACUUCGCCCUGGACCCCGGCCCCAGACCGGAGCCCGUGCUGGACGGGGACUCUCCCUCCUCCCUGCGAGAGCUGAUCCCGUUCUUCAAGGACUGCGGCUCGGACGACCAGUGCGUCGCUGACCUGGCGCUGCAGGCCAAACUGGACAUCCACGGAUCCCGGCGGACCCCGUUCGUGGUGCGGGGCGGCGGGCGGCGGAAGGCGCUGGUGUCCGUGAGGCUGGAGAACCGCAAGGAAAACGCUUACAACGCUAGUCUGGACCUCGGCUUCUCCCGCAGCCUCCACCUGGCCAGCCUCACCCUUCAGAGAGACGCCCCCGUGAAGGUGGAGUGCACGGCCCCCUCCCCCCACGCCCGCUCCUGCAGCGUGGGCCACCCGGUCUUCCAGGCAGGUGCCAAGGUGACCUUCCUCCUGGAAUUUGAGUUCAGCUGCACCUCCCUCCUCAGCCGGGCCCUGGUGACCUUGACGGCCGACAGUGACAGCUUGGAAACUAACGCCACCCUGCACGAUAACACCGUCCAGUUGGAGGUCUUCGUCCAGUACGAGCCGGACCUCGCGGUCUCCAGCGAGACCACCCUGCACCACUACGAGGUCCACCCUUAUGGGAUCCUCCCCGCCGGGCCGGGCCCCGAGUUCCAAACCACGUUCAAGGUGCAGAACUUGGGCUGCUUCGCCGUCGACGGCCUCCGGCUGUCCGCCCUCCUGCCGGCCGAGGUGCCCGGGAGUGGCCGCUUCCUGUCGGUGACCGGGGUCCUGGUGGACGACGCGAGCUGCGUCGUGGAGGAGCUGCCGGAGCCCCCUCCCCGGUCGGGGUCCGAGGCGGCCGGGGAGAGGCCGGGGCGCUGGAACUGCACCUCGACCCGCUGCCAGGCCGUCCGGUGCCGCCUGGGGCGGCUGGCAAAGGGCGCCCAGGCCUCGGUGCGGAUGCUGCGGGUGGUCCACGACCGCGUCUUCCGCACGGCCAAGCUGAAGUCGGUUACAGUGGUCAGCACCUUCGAGCUGGGGGCGGAGAGCGGCUUGCUGACCCUUCCCGAGGCCGCGCGGCGGAGAGAGAGCCUGCUAGAGGUCUUCCAGAUUCGGCAGGUCCCCGUCUCGCUGUGGAUCUUUCUCGGCAGCGUCCUCGGGGGCCUGCUGCUUCUCGCCCUCGUCGUCUUCUGCCUCUGGAAGCUCGGGUUCUUCUCCCGCAAGAAAGUCCCCGGGGAAGAGGAGGAGACGGAGAGGCCGGAGCAGUGAACGGGACCCCCUGGGACCCCACACCCUCGUUCCACGUGCCUGCGGCCCCCCGGGGAUGCUGGAGGGGGCGUGUACGGGGGGUGGGGGAGGCCGCCUGGCCUGGCCCAGCUGGAUCCGAGGAGGAGGAAGGGUCAGCCCCGAGAGACCCCCCUCUUGCCCCCCACUUCGGGCUC